UAACUUAGAAAAAAAAAAACGAAGCUGGCACCCCGCUGGGGGUAGCCGCCCACAUGCUACAUUAUUUUUUGUUUAUAUUUUUUUUUUUCUUCACCAACAAGAUAUAACACUUUACCAAAUGUCCGCAAGGACAAAUUGUAAAAUAACCAAAAUAAAAUAAAAAAAAAAAAAAAAUAUAGGUUUAGUUUAGUUGAUGGGAAUUGUGCUGGGUUGAAGUACGCAACUUCAACAAUUGUGUAUUAUAUAAAUUUGUUUACGAGCACUAUUUUAGCUUAAAAACCUUUAAUACUUUUAAACAAAUGGCAGAACAAUUAAUGGAUGAAUUAGAAAAGGCUGCACAAAUAAUUUUGGCGGCACCAAAUUUAGUUACAACAGAACAACGUCAUAAUGCAGAAGAAGUUUUCUUAAAUUUUCGGAAACUUAAAUAUCCUUAUAAGCUUUGUAGACAAAUUUUGGAGACUAAUACAAAUGAUUAUAUUAUUUUUGAGGCAGUUGGUUUAAUAAAAAUAGCAUUAAUACGGGAAUGGCCAUUAUUAUCACAAACACAUACUUCUUCAUUAAGAGACUACCUAUUACAUUAUGUUAUGAAUAAACCAAAUUUACCUCCAUAUGUUGAAGGAUCUAUAUUACUACUUAUUGCUCUUUUGAUAAAAAAAGGUACUAUAAAUGACUCUGGACAAGCACGACAAGCCAUAUUAGAAGUAAUUGAAAAUUUGAUAAUGAUUAGUGAUUUACCAAAAAAACUUGUGGGAUACAAUCUUAUUUUUAUAAUAACUCAAGAAUAUGUAGUCAAUUUCACGUAUACAAAUAUAGGUUUAUCUUUGAAAACACAUUUCAAUGAAAAGAAGACAUUUCAAGACAUUGAUUUGAAAAGAAUUUUUAAGUUUUGUUGUAUGGAAAUUGAAGAAUUAAUUAAAAAAGAUGUAGAGGAAGAUAGCAUAACUCUUUUAAAACCACUACUCCAAAUUCUGGAAAGUGUAUUUACAUGGACAUUUGUUCAUGAAUACUAUGAAAAACCAGAGAUGCGUAGUAGUUUGGUACGAGUAGAUAUUGAGUGUGUACCUUUGGAUAUGGAUAUAAAUUGGAAACGUAUAAUGUUAGUUCCAGCUGUAAUAGAUUUAAUGUUCACAUUGUAUUCGAAAAUACGAGAAAAUCCACAAUUAGCUCAUCAUGCAAGAGUUUGUUUAGUUCAAAUGGUAGAUAUAACAAGAGACUAUGAAUGUAACAAAACAAAAAUAGUAGAGGGAUAUUUUAUUAUCUAUGUGGAAAGAUUUUUAGAAUUUAUUACAAGCGUUAAUAUUAUCGAUGAAGAAGCAAAUACAAUUGCUCAUAUUUUUAAGAAACUUUUCAAAUUUUUUGAUAAAAUGUUUAAUUUUUUACCUAUUGAUAAAUUCAUAACAUUAGUGGAACAAAUGUCGCGAGUGACUUGCAUAUUUUUAAAAAAUUGGGCACAAAAAGAAUCAUUAUGUGUCAGUGAAUGCUUAUAUAAAGAAGUUGUAGAUGUUAUAUUUGAUGCCUGGACGUCUAUUAUAUUUAAUGAAAAAUUAUUCUCUCAGGGGUUUCUUAAACCACUUAUUGUUCAAGUAUUUGAUACAUACCUGCGUUGUCAUCUAUCACCUCCUGAAGGUAUAAGAAAUUUUGAAAAUAAGGAUCUUGAGAAAAAAAUAUUGGAUGUAAAAGAUACUGAUAUGAAAAAAUUCGAAAGACAGAUAUAUAUCAUUGGAAAUUUUGGGAGACUGAUACCACAUUAUACUCUUCCAUUAUUGGCACAAUUAAUCGAAGAUCGUACUUCUAAAUUACAAGAAAUCUUCAAUAAAUUAGUGGAACAGACUGAAUCACUUCAUACAAUGAAAAAUGACUCUCUGGCUAGAUUAUAUAAAGAUAUACAUUGGCUAGUACUUAUAAUGAGUGGUGUUAUUUGCUCGAACAGUAUCACUGAAUUUUAUACAAUACCUGAUGAAAUAAUAAGAUAUAAUAUUGAACAGAUAAAACAGGGAAACGUUGAUCCGAGUCUUACAUUACAAUUCUACGUUUCAUCAGGAAAUAUUUCGUCCAUCGGCAUUGCUACAGAAUCAGUAGAUCAUGUUAUUCGUUUAGUCACAAGCGUUUUCCGUCUGUGUGCCAUCGAAAAAGCUGCAAUGUCUGUUUUAUCAGUUAAUAUACUAAGUCCCGAAUUAUGUUUUACUAUAACGUCGUUUUUGGAUACAUGGUCCUCAGAAUACCUUUUACAAUUAAAAUUCCAUUAUACUAAAAUGUCUCCUAUAUACUUAAAAUGUUUCGGAGGAGAUAGUCUGAUUGCAACAUGGGCUCUAAAUUUUCUUUUUGAAAAAAUAGAGUUCAAUAUUAAUGCCUUUAAAAAUGAACCUGUAAUAUUGCAAAGAACUAUGAAGAUGUUGAUAUCAAUUACUAGUAGUUCACAAAAUGCCAUGCAUAUAUUAGACUCCAAAGGUCUUGAAAGUAUCAUAUAUUUAGCCACAAAAGGACAACAUGACCUUCCAGAAGUAGUCAAAAGAGGAUUAAUGCGAUCAGUGGUUCAAUUCGGGAUUGAAAAUGAGGUAGAUCAGUCAUAUUGGGCAUACACUCUGCAACCAUUGAUAGACAAAUUUAAACAAAUUACCUCUAAUGAAAAAUUUUUACAAUGUUACCAUCAAGAAGAGAUUAAAAUUCAAGUUACAGAUAUUUUAGAACGUUUUAUUGGAGUAGCACAAGCUAAUAGACAAGUAUCAACAGAGAUAUCACUAUAUCACAACAUUCAACCGAUAUUAUCUGAGCUACCAAAUUUAAUAUCUUUGUACCAUAAUUAUCAAGAUAUACAAUUAAUUUUAGAAUUACUUCUUGAAUGUACAGAUGAAUUAAAUCUAAUUUUUCUUUACAUAACUAAGACUGAUGCUGCACAUGUAUCUGAGAUAUAUUUAAGUGCAAUACGAAAUUAUAUACGUUGUAAUAUUAAUAGACUGACUAUAGAUUCAAUUGCAGAUGAAGGUAAUUAUCAGGAUAUCUUGUUCCUGAUGAAAAUUUUAAUUAAUAUUGUAUCCGAUAAUAUAUUGAACAAUAAAACAAUGUCUUUACAAGACUUAUCUAUAAUUAUGCCUAUGAUGACUACAGAUUUAUUUAAAUUUCCACGUUUGUGUUCACAAUAUUUUGAAAUGAUGUUGUCUUUUUGUAAGGAUAAUCCUCAAAAAGUGCUCGAUUUACCGUCCGAACUAUUACAACCACUUUUAACAACAAUGGAAUUGGGUUUAUUCUCAUUUUGUGAUAAAGUAAAUAAGUUGUGUUGUAAUAUGAUUGAAAUUUUAGUAACACAGAUUAUUGAAAAUGUGAAAAAAGGCCGUCCAAAAAAUGAAAUAAUGGCACCAUUCUUAAAUUUAAUAAUUACUGCUAUUUUAACACGUCAAGUUGACUUAUAUUUUAUAUCGAACGUGUGCAUAUCUGUUUUUUAUUUGACAUAUUGUUAUCAAGACGAAUAUAAACAGAUUGUGCAAAAUCAUCUAUCCACUCAAUCAAAUGAACAAGUUGCACAGACAUUAGACAACGCUUUUAAAAAGUUGACUAAACAUAUGAAUAUUCCCUGGAAACUUGAUUAUGACGAUGAAAGAAAAUUUAAAAAUUCUUAUGAUGAGUUCAUUGAUAAUUUACUGAUUUUUUAAUGAUUAAAUAAUAUCUUAUUGAUUUUUUGUCUCCAUAUAAGGAACAAAAAAGCAAAUUUUACUUUUGAUGUCAAAUUUAACACAAGGAUAUGUCACAAAAGGAAUUCAUUAAGCAUGUAAGCUUUUUAUUGACCGAUUUAUUACACGUUACCACUUACAGUGAGUCUAGCGAAAAUCGAAUAAUUAUAAUAAUAAUAAUAAAUACAAGUUACAGCAUCGAUCUAUGUCUUUUUCCAUAGCAAACGAUCAAAAACGAAAACGUUUUUGCAAUAAAGUUUUUAGUUACCUUACAAACAAGUAAGUACAUGAACUUACAUACUUGGUACAGAUCAAAUCAUCGUUAGCCUUUUUAUCGUAUGCCUCCAGAUGGUCUUCGACAUUUGACAAAAUGCUUAUAUUAAUAUUAAAUUUAUUUAUAUAUUUAUAUAAUAUACUUUAUAUAUAAGCAAACAUGUUCUUUCGCGCUAUCUCUUUCACUCUCACUCUCUCUCGCGCACACGCGCUUUUCCAUUCUCUCCCCUUUAGUUCUUCCCUUUCUCUUCUCUCAUCUCCCUUUAAUUCCGCAUUUUGUCUUUUAAUAACAACAAUGAUUAUUAAUCUUAUCGACAGCGUUCCUGUAUUUUUAUUCACAACGCUCGUAUCAUUUUUUUUUCUGCUCACUUGUCCUAUUUUCCAUUAAUUAAUUUUUUAUUUGUCUACUCCAUGCUUAACAUUCAAUUUUUUUUCCUUCUUUACGUAGUAAUAAAUUAUGUCUUUAACCCCCUGAAGCAAUACUUUUCUUUUGGUUUUAUUUACUUACACGCACAGUUGUUUGUCGUAUAUAGUAUAACAAAUAAAUUAUGCGUAAAUAACACGAUUAAAAUAUAAAUGCUACGUAUCGUAGGUAAUAUUCAUAAAUACAUUAUGCAUACGUAUACGUACUAUGCUCUUGUACAAUUCAUAGAUGUCUUCUUACAUGUUAAAAAAAAAAGAA